AUGGCAAAACCAGAUAACAAUGGGAGCUGGCUCAUUUCUGCCAUGAUGAUUUCAUGGGUUUGGUCGGUUCUGUUGUAUUUCGUACGUGUUUGGGCGAAAUUGAGCGUGAAGCGAUGGGGCUCCGAGGAUUAUACUGUGACUACGGCUCUUCUGGCGUCAACGAUGGAUAUUGGGGUGGCAUACCGGGCAAUUCGAAGAGGCUAUGGUCUGCCAGUAAGCCAGAUUCUCGACGAGAACAGAGUCAAAGUUGAACAGUUAUUAUACGCCACGCAGCAACUAUAUGUCCUUGCUCAUGGGCUAUCCAAGAUAUCCACAGGGCUAUUUAUUAUACAACUCUCAUAUUCCGGUCCUCAAGCAAAACCAGGUUACGUCCUGGUCGCUGCAACUACUCUCUGGACUGUGGCAUCUAUGCUAGCCGUAGCUUUUCGAGGUGAUCUCAACAAUCCCUGGCGAACAUUGGAUGGAUCAAAGACAAUGCACCAUCGGUGGAUUGUCAUAGAGAUAACGGGUCUCGCAAUUGAGAUUCUGUUACUAUUGCUAGCGACCAAUCUUGUCAAUGGGCUGCACGCAAACGCACGAAAACGAUUUACAAUCCUGGCCGCAUUCGGAGCUCGUAUACUAUUGAUCCCCCUUGUCGCCAUACGGCUGCACCUGCUCUCACCAUCUGUAAACACGCUUCCCACCAGCACAAGCAUCGUGCCCAGCAUCGUGACCGAAGUGACCCUUCAUUUCGCCGUCAUGUCUGCAUCCAUCACGUCUCUUCGGCCACUCUUACGGACAUUCGAGACAACAUACAACCUUGAGAGCAAAAACACUUCGCAACAAGACUCUCGGCUGAACUCGCAGUUGAAGUCAGGACACGCUUACCAUGCGUCGUACGACUCACGUCUUACCAUUAUAAAGGAUCAUGCCAAUCAGCAACAAUGGACAGAUGAACUGAGCUUGCCGAAUUUGGCGUAUUCUUCCUUGGGACAUGCACCAAGGCUCAACAGAGUAUCUACGGCGGUCACGGCGGUCCAUAACAAAGAUGACUUGGUUACGCGGGCAAGUCUUGCGUCACGGGAGGGCCUUCCAGCGGAUGCAAUUAUUAUCCAGAAGACACUUGAUUGGGAGGUACAGUAUGAGCGGAACAAUAAGUAG